CAGAUAGCCCAGAUUUUGCUGGAAAAUGGUGCAGAUCCUAAUGCAACGGAUAAACUGGAGUCCACACCUCUACACAGAGCAUCCGCCAAGGGCAACUACAGACUCAUUCAGCUUCUUUUAAAAGAGAGUGCUUCUACCAACAUUCAGGACUCAGAAGGAAACACACCACUUCAUCUUGCAUGUGACGAGGAGCGAACAGAGGCUGCAAAACUCCUUGUGGAACAUGGUGCCAGCAUCUACAUUGAGAACAAGGAAAAGAUGACGCCUCUACAAGUGGCUAAAGGUGGCUUGGGAUCAAUGUUGAAACGGAUCGUAGAGGGUUGAAACGGAAGCUUUUAAUUAAGCUGCUGUUCAAGUAUGAUGAAUGCUUGUUUGUGAGAGUAUUUGAAAGAAAUAAGUUUUUAAAGAUGAGGAGAAGAAUGAUGUUGUGGUCAACAUUCACGUUUUGACAGUUUAAAAGCUCAUGACUUGAUAUGUUGGUCACUUUUCUUGCAUUUUAUUGAGUACAUGAGUUUUAGACUUACAUAUAAUAUUCUGAUUAUUCUUUGUCUACUUCAGCCAUGGAUGCUUUAUUUCAAUUAAACCUAAAGCUUAUUUUGAUAUUAGUUAGUCACUUAAAAUGUAAUUUCUAGUUUUGUAUCCCUGUGUGAAAAUCACGAUACCAUAGUCUAUUCUUCCAUCUUGAUGCUUGUUUUUUUUAUAAGGAAAAUAAAUUGUAAUUGAAUAAAAUUUACUGUUAUAUCUAGUCA